CGACUGUCCGACCGACCCCGCGCCGCCCCUGGGCCGGGGAUCCCCACCCCGCCGCCCGGGCCCAUGGCCUCCGAGUCGGUGAGGGUGGUGGUGCGCUGCCGGCCCCUGAACCGGCGCGAGCGGGACCUCAACUGCCAGACGGUGGUGGCCGUGGACAGCGCGCGCGGCCAGUGCAGCAUCCAGAACCCGGGCGCCACCAGCGAGCCGCCCAAGCAGUUCACCUUCGACGGCGCCUACUGCAUGGACCACAUCACCGAGCAGAUCUACAACGAGAUCGCCUACCCGCUGGUGGAGGGCGUCACUGAGGGCUACAAUGGCACCAUCUUUGCCUAUGGACAGACGGGCAGUGGAAAGUCCUUCACCAUGCAGGGCCUGCCAGACCCACCCGCCCAGCGGGGCAUCAUUCCCCGGGCCUUCGAGCACAUCUUUGAGAGUGUUCAGUGUGCAGAGAACACCAAAUUCCUGGUCCGGGCUGCCUAUCUGGAGAUCUACAAUGAAGAUAUCCGAGACUUGCUUGGGGCAGACACCAAACAGAAACUGGAGCUGAAGGAGCACCCAGAGAAGGGGGUGUACGUGAAGGGACUCUCCAUGCAUACAGUGCACAGCGUGGCCCAGUGCGAGCGCAUCAUGGAGACAGGCUGGAAGAACCGCGCUGUGGGCUUCACGCUGAUGAACAAGGACUCCUCCCGCUCCCACUCCAUCUUCACCAUCAACAUCGAGAUCUAUGCUGUGGAUGAGCAGGGCCAGGACCACCUGCGGGCAGGCAAACUGAAUCUAGUGGACCUGGCAGGCAGCGAGCGGCAGUCCAAGACGGGCGCCACAGGAGAGCGGCUCAAAGAGGCCACGAAGAUCAACCUGUCCCUGUCAGCACUGGGUAACGUUAUCUCAGCCCUGGUGGACGGACGCUGUAAGCACAUUCCCUACCGGGACUCCAAGCUGACAAGGCUGCUGCAGGAUUCCCUGGGUGGCAAUACCAAGACGCUCAUGAUCGCCUGCCUGUCGCCCGCUGACAACAACUAUGAUGAGACCCUCAGUACCCUCCGCUACGCCAACCGAGCCAAGAACAUCAAGAACAAGCCACGCAUCAACGAGGACCCCAAGGAUGCUCUUCUGCGCGAGUACCAGGCGGAGAUCAAGAAGCUCAGGGCGAUUCUGGCUCAACAGAUGAACCCCAGCAACAUGGCAGCUCUGAUGUCCAACCAAGUGCCCAUUGAGCCCACACAAGCAGAGGAGAAGCCGCAGUUCCCACUGGUGACUUCACAGGACACAGAGGCUGAGAAGCAGUCGAUCCGGGAGGAAUACGAGGCACGCCUGGCUCAGCUGAAGGCUGACUAUGAGGCAGAGCAGGAGUCCAGGGCCCGGCUGGAGGAGGACCUCACUGCCAUGCGUAACUCCUAUGACGUGAAGCUGUCAACUCUGGAGGAGAGCCUGCGCCAGGAGACAGAGGCUAUGCUGAAGGCGGAAGCUCUCUCCCAGCCCAAGGUCAUGUUCAGGACAGAGUUUGCCAGCAGGUCAGAGUAUUGUCCCACUUUCCAGUUCGAGAUGGUUGUAAAGCCUGAGAACUAUAGCAUGGUUGACUCGCUGCCCAGUGGUCUCAUCGGCAAGACCGAGGUGGCGUCCAUUUCACAGGAAUCAUUUGGGAUGGGAAAGUCUUUCACGCUUGAAGAACCUGGUCAGUCCAGGGCCCUCUUGGGGCCUGAAAUGGAGGCCAUGAGCAAAUCCUACCUGGACCAGUCUCUCUGCCCGGAGGUUGGGAAGCCCCAGCUGGAAGGGGAUCCCUGCUUCCAGGAAAAGCAACAGCAGCAGUCGGCUCUGGAGCAGUCCAACCUGUUUGCCAUGAUGGAAACCCAGCAUCCCACCUUGGUGACUGACCCAGACAUGCCUCCGGAGGAUGAACCCUUGCAGGAGACAGAUCAGGGCCAGAAAAUGCUCGAGGUGACAGCAGACCCUGGCUCAGGGGUAGAGAUGCUGCCCCAGCCCACCUUGAGCGAGAAGAAGGACAGUGUGGGCAUGGAGGUGGCUGUGACCAACGACCUGGUUCUUACGAUGGACCAGCAGCAGGUGCUUGCCCGUUUGCAGCUGCUGGAGCAGCAGGUGGUUGGUGGGGAGCAGGCCAAGAACAAGGACCUGAAGGAGAAGCACAGGCGGCGGAAGCGGUACGCGGACGAGCGCAAAAAGCAGCUGGUGGCAGCCCUGCAGAACUUGGACGAGGACAGCGGUGACUGGGUGCUGCUCAAAGUCUACGACUCCAUCCAGGAGGAAGUGUGGGCUAAGAACAAGUUGUUGGAGAAGAUGCAGAUGAAGCUUCGGGCAGCAGAGGUGGAGAUCAAAGAUCUGCAGUCGGAGUUUGAGCUGGAGAAAAUUGAUUACUUGGCCACCAUUCGCCGGCAGGAGCGGGACUCCUUGCUCUUCCAGCAGCUCCUGGAGCAGGUGCAGCCCCUGAUUCGAAGGGACUGUAACUAUAGCAACCUGGAGAAGAUCCGGCGCGAGUCCUGCUGGGAUGAAGACAAUGGCUUCUGGAAGCUCCCAGAUCCUGUCAUCAUCAAAACCAGCCUCCCAGUAGCAGUUCCAGCAGGGUCACAGAAUAAGUCGGCGCACAAACCCUCAUCGGCAGACAAUGGGGAUCCAGGCAUGGAAGAAGACCGCUACAAGCUGAUGCUCAGUCGCAGUGACAGUGAAAACAUUGCCAGCAACUACUUCCGGUCCAAGCGGAUCAGUAAUAUCCUUGGCACGGAUACCAUGAACAGUCUUACCCAUCACAACUCGCCUCCAGGCUUCAGCUCCCCACUAAGCAACAACACUACCAUCUCACCUGCCCAGGUCUCUGAAAUGCCCCAGCCCCGACCCUUCCGCCUUGAGUCCCUUGACAUCCCCUUCACCAAGACCAGGCGGAAGAAGAGCAAAGGUAGCUUUGGCAGUGAACCACUGUGAAUGCAGCUGCCCACUGCUGCGGGCCUGUAGUUCUUCACGACUCUGACAGGUCUUCCCAGGCAAUUUCUAGCCAGGCCUCCUCUCAUCUACCCUCAAUGACUGGACAUCUCCGGGGCCUCUCCCUGGGAAGACAGCAUCUCUUCCCUGUUGCCCAGAGAGCCCGCUUCAGCUUGGGGUGGCUGUGGAGCUGGACCCCCAUUCUUGGAGAAGCCUGCUUCUGUUCUCACACCAUUGCAGUGUUUCCAUCAGUGCCCCUGUUCAGAGCCUGCCGCAUGCAUCACCAGUGUUGUGCUGGGCCUCUGUGUCUCUGAGGUCUCAGUUCUGCCUCAAGCCUUCUCCAGCAGCCCUAACAGCAUGAAUGGCAGCUUCCCUGUGGAUUUUGCUCUUUUAGUGAAAACAAUGCCUUUGCCUAGUAGACCCACAUUCAUGGCUACCCUUGGAGAGUUCUGGGGCUGCUUUCCCUUACUCUGUUUCUCGCUGCUCUGUGGCCCUCCACAAACUGCCCCAAUAAACUGCCUUAUACCGAA